CACAAGACUUAGAAAGUCGUUUUAAUAGAAGAAUUAAUUUUAGUAUAAAUUUUAUAUGUAGAAAUAAGCAUAUAAUACAUAGAUAUUUUUAUAAAUUUCUGCUGCAUUGUAAUUUUGAAAAUACGAAGUAAUAUAACGUACAUAUUUGAAUGAAACUUAGAGAGAGAGAGAGAGAGAGAGAGAGGCUGGGACUAUUUAUGCAUAUAAAUAAAUUUAUAUAAAUCUUUUUUGGGAUCAUUCAGCAAAAAUAUCUGAAUAAUGCACAAACGGUAUUGCAGACGUGGUGAAAUUAAUUUUAUAACGGAUCGUCUAACGAUACCCUUGUUCCUAGCCAGUCGCGUCAGCGCAAGAAAAAAUUAUGAUUAUAUUACAAGAACUGAACAAAACAUCAAGAGAAUGUGUGAAGAAGCAAAGCAGCCGAAUACGAAAAUGCGUAGCGUUUAUGAAAAGCUCAUUGGCAAGUAUGCAGAGAAUCCGAAACCCUGCAAAAAUGUGCGACGCAUCAAGAUAGUGCGUGAACACAGCGAUCAAAAAGCUUUUCAUUUACCACCGAAUAUUUAUGAAGUUGACAAAAUACCGUUUGAGAAUCGACGUGGUUUGGGCGGCGCUUACUGGCAUCGAUUGCCAGAGCCUAAAUUGACGUCCAGAAAGAAAGCAACAAAAGACGUUGACUGGCAAUUCUAUAAUAUACCAAGUGAUAUCGAUCGGCUGAACGAUCGGCAUAAUCACUACAAAGGCAAAUUUCGUACAAAAACACGAAGCCACCUAGCGGCGUGGAAAGGUAAAACUCGAAAGGACUAUUUACAAAUAAGUUGCAACUUUGAUCGAUCCAUAACCUCUCCAAAAAUCACUCCUCGGAAACACGUACCGAAACCGAAUCCAUAUUUAUUUUUACACAGAUCAUGUGUACCCGAGAAACUUACGAGCUACAUAAUGCGCAACCAAAGUUUUACGCCAGCCGUUGAUCGUUAUGAAAUAAAAUAUACAGCCGAUUGCUGGCCGAGCAUACUGAAGAAACGCAGCAAUCCACAAACCGCAACUGUUUCGAGUCAACAGCGUAGCGGCGGCAAGCGAUGUCUUUAUCAAUUACUGAACGCUGCAUCGCUCACACAAACGAAGAUACGACUUGAUAACAAGCAGACCGCGGAUACUAUUAACGCGAAACUCUUUCAUAAUAAUAAACGGCCGCCGAGGGUACCCAUCUCGAGACGUCCACCACCUACAAUGCCCACCGUACCUUCAAAUAUUCGUUUCAACACCAUUAUUACGGUGCCGCGGCGUGUCCUAAAGUGUCCAGCUCCACGUGCAUCUGCAACAACCAAAAAAUUUCAGUUGCGCCGCAGGGAACCGGUUGUGCCAAAACCAAUUCUCGCUAAAUUCGAGUAUAAACGAGUCUUCAAGUUUAAGCCACUUCCUUCACCGAAAGAAUUGAUUACAAAAAACGAGAUCUUUGGAGAUUUAUCAUCUCAGGAGACUCCGUACUUUUAUUUUAGACCAGUUGAUGUCAAUAAGUUUUUGAAAAGUAAUAGCUGCAAAUGUAUUUUAGGUUAGGUAAAUGCGGCUGCAAAACUGAAUAAAAUACUUCUCAACUGAAAUUAUCUUA